GUAAGUUAACCCUACGGAAGUACUGGAAAGUGAUUAUUUAUUAUGUUCAUAUAUUUCCUUCAGUAUCACAGCCAUGUUGAAGUAGUGUUGAUUUUACUAAGUUUUCGUCAGUUUAUCGUUCAAAAAAGUUAAAAGUUGUUCACAAGUAUAUGUGACAGACCUAAGUUUCGUUUGUGUUGUGAUUAUAAAGUUGAAAGUCUUUGCAAUAUGAAAAGUGUUACAAAGUGCAACCAAUUCUGGCUUCGAGGCGUCGUCGUGAAGAGAUGGAUUCGGAAGACUCUCGUGAUCAGUCUUCAUCGAGUAGUAGCAGUACAAGCUCUAGGAGUAGAAGUAGAAGGAGCUCAUCAUCAGAUAGAAGUGAACCUUCUAAAAAGGAUGCAAAGUCCCCACCUCGCUCCCCAAGAUCCCCUAGGUCCCAAGGACCACGCUCCCCUUCCCCUGAAAGUCGGUCACAGUCACCAUCGCCACAGUCUCCAAUUCAUGGAAAGCCACCACGGUCACCGGAUAACUUGAGUGGCGCACAUUCUGAUAUAAAUUCGCCAGAAAAUUCAAUGCCUGGUUCACCAGUAGGCCCUAAGUCACCAGAGGGACCACACUCACCAAGUGAUGUGGGUUCUAAUGUGGGCUCACCUGGGCAUGGUGAUCAAUAUUCUUCAGCUCCAUCAGCAGGGGAUGGUCCUAAGACACCACAGAGUCCGAGUAGCUCAGCUAGGUCUCCUCCUGGCUCUCCAGAUAAUAGAUCCAGACCUGCUUCACCUGACUCUGUGAGGCAUCCCAGCCGCCGAUCCCCCUCGUCAAGUCCUUCACCAGAUCGAAAGUCAUAUAGAUCAUCUCCUCGCACUUCACCUUCUGUUAAACGUAAUGAGUGGAGCCCAAAGGAGAGGAAUGAGAAAUGGAGGAGACAUACAAAAGCUGAACAAAAGAUGGUCCCUGUCCCUCGGGCCCGCAGUAGGUCAGACUCCAGUCAGUCUAGUAGGAGUUCUUCGUACAAUAAACGGAGUAAUAAGGAUCCUGCUACAGAAGAAAUUUCAGAAGGUGAAAUGGAAUCAGAUCAAGAGGACAGGAAAUCAAGAAGUAAAUCUAGGACUAGUGAGAAACCUGAUGGAAAGGAUCUUAAUAUAAGUCAUGAGGAUCUUUCUGAUGUUUCUGACUUAGAUUCUAUGGGCCCAGAAGACUCUGAAAAAGGAUCAAAGCCUAAGUCUCCACCAGCAUCACCCGAACACAAAGCGGAACCAGUGAACGGAACAAGUACACAGUCCUCACCACGUUCAGAUAGUGGAAAAGGCGAAACACAUAAACUCGAAAAAGUACCACAGGAAAAGACUAGCAAUACGGAAGAUGGGGAAGAACAGUUAGAUUUUGAAGCCGAAGAAGGGGAGUGUAUAGAACCAAAACCUGUAGAACAAUCAAAUGGCGACGCUGAAGAUAAAGCGACAGAAAAAGAGGACGUAAGAGCGGCGAGGCGGUCCCGUGGUUCAUCGCUAGAGGAAGGCGAGGUGUCUGAUGAAGCGGAGCGACGACCCGAGGAGAGUGAACCGCGGCCCGUCUGCCGGUUCUUCUCAAGAGGCGCAUGUACGUGGGGUGUUAGCUGCAGGUUCCUGCACCCGGGUGUGACGGACAAGGGCAACUACAACAUGUUUGACGUGGUGCGCGGCGUGCCGGCGUCGGGCGCCUACCCCGCGCCCGCGCGGGACCAGGCGCCGCCCGAGUCCGCCUGGGAGCGAGGACUUAGGACUGCUAAAGAGAUGCUCCGAAUAGCGAACAAACGUAAAGAACAAGACAUGGACUUUGAAGAGAAGAAACUCCAUCUCUCCGUGGGUGGCGUGGUACAUGACCCGGACGCGGAGCUCGCGUACGCCGCCGCGGCAGUCGGGGCCUCCCCGCCGAGACAUCACGACGGACCCGCGCCGCCGCAUUAUAGAGACCCUGAGGCUUUUAGAGGUCCGUACGGUCCUAUGUACCGCGGCCGCUUCCCCCGCCCGCCGGUUGACGAGCGCGAACGUUUCUACGAACGCGAGCACAUGUACGAGCGCGAGCGAGCCGCAUACGACAGAGUGCCCCACUACGAUGACAGGGUUCCCGUGCCUGAGGAAGGGCCAUAUCAUAAGCGUCGCGUCCGUCCAUCUCGCGAAGUAAUCGUCCAACGCGCGGAGGUAGAAAGGCGGGAAGGUCGCGAGGGACGCGAGGUGAGGGAGGGACGGGAGGGACGCGACAUGCGGCGCGGGGACGGACGCACGGAGGACUGGGCCGAUCCCUGGAUGCGGGCCGAACCCGCAGCCAGGAGAAGGAAACCACCCUCCUCUGAUGACUCUUACUCAUCAUCCAGCUCUUCAAAUUCCAGCUCCCGCAGCUCGCGCUCGCCCAGCGCCCGCCGCAAGAGGCGGGCCUCUUCGUCUUCCAGACAAAGGUUGUCGCCGUCAGUGAUAGUUCGCGAGCGGCGGCUGGCGACGGCCCGCGCGACGGCCAUGAACCCGCCCGCGCCGCGGCGCCGGGCUCCGUCCCCGGCGGCGGCGCGGCAGCUGUCCGCCAACCCGCCGCCGCCCGCCUCACACGCGCUGCACCGACACAAGGAUGAAAUGGACCCCUACGGGCGCAACAAGGCGUCGAGUCGCAACAGGGAUAGGAAGAAAUAUUCGCGAUCCUCGUCGUCGGGCUCUGAAUCGUCAUCGUCAUCAAGCGAGUCGGAGAGCGAGUCGCAUUCGUCAUCAUCUUCAGGCAGCUCCGGCGCUCGCCGAGCACGACAUGCGCGUCUGCUCAACGCGGCCGCCAGACCCAGGUUAAAUGCAAAAACCAGCGCUGGUUUAGCGGCGGCUGUGACAACUGUUACCAGCAAGAAGGAGGUCCCCAGCGAUAAAGAGUCGGGAGGCAAGAAGCGGUCAGCGACGUCUCCGAUAAAUACUGCGCCGGCCAAGAAAUCAGUAUCAAGGCGAGAGGAAUUGUUAAAACAACUGAAGGCGGUAGAAGAUGCGAUUGCCAGGAAGCGGUCUAAAAUCUAGGGAUAAUCUUAUACCGAGCGUGUGUACAUCUCAUGAUUUAGGCUGUUUCGGUAUCUGCGCCGAAUAUUCGGUUUUGCCUGGUGUUUGACUGUAGUAGCAUAAAUUGUACUCUGUGUAUCCGCGGGCCUAUCCCACAAAUUCGACGUACGCGUGUUACUGUAAAAACUGUAUAGUUCUAGUGAACCUUUAUCCAGGCAGAGUUGACCUCGUACAAAUUUAAGCAUUUAAAUUAUAACUGCAUCGUGUUGAUUCAAUUAUGAAAUCUCAUAAACAAAAGAAAUUCUGAGAAGUGAUUAUGUUAUGCUCAGAUGUAUUCCCUAAUCAUUGUUGUGCUGACGGAGAAAGCGGGUGUAUCUUUAAAACUGUUGACAAGUGUUUGAACAUAGUAAAUUAUUUUUGCUAUUCAUCACAUACUGAGGGCGGAACCUAGAAACGUAGGUUUUAUGGUGAAUUAGAAUAUGUUAUAACAUAAUUAGUAAAAGAAUAAAAUACAUAAUUUUCUAA